AUGUCUUUGUCAAUUGAAUCUCUAAAAUUUACAGCCAGCUUUCCCUACCUCAAGGCAGCAAGUUCAACAGGUCACCCUCCUUUUGAUACUGUUCAUUGCCAUCAAGCAAAAGAAAGGUUCACCCAGUCCUUCUUGAACUGCAAUACAUCAGCAGCCUCCUGUUCUACCGCAAAAAUUCCUCGUCCCAUUGUAUACAACUGCGACUGUGUUGUCGGGGAGAACGAUUGCAUCCUGCCGCCGAGACAUCUCGUGGAGCUUCACGGUGGACCAUGGCUGGUUAGCGGUUAUAGGUCACUCUAUCCUUUUAAGUGCAUGAACUGCGAAUGGAAGGACAUCGAACACAACUAUAUCGAGAAACUCAAGGCAGAUAUCGGCACGAUGGUGAAGACACGGGUCAACAUGCACCCUGAAGAGACGGCUUGGCUCAACAUGAACCUUGAAGAAGGUAGCGAAGUUGAGAUCAGCAGCAUCACUAGAGAAGAUACGGAGAAAUUGUUCAUACUCCAUUUCAAAAUUUGCAGUCCCAGUGGGACCGAAAAGGAGGGCAAGUUAAAGGUUUCAACCCGAAAACUCAACGCAAUGCAGAGUGACCGCGAAUGGGAAGGCGAAAUCGAGAUUAUGACAUUCGUAUGGAUGUUGAAGAUCGAUGCAGAUGAAACGAUUCGGAGUUUUGAAGCGCGUUGGAACGAAGUGAACGUCUAG